AUGGAUGCAGAAACGUUACGAGCCAUUCUCGAGGCACAAACAAGGAUGCAGCAGCAGAUGUUCAGCGAACUGAUCAAUCGCAUGGAAGCAAUGGUCACUGCUUCGCAACCCGCAGUUUCGACAGCUCCCGUCUCAACAGCCGAGUUCGUCACGAACUCGCUCUCAUCGCGUCUCCCCGAAUUCGUCUACGAUCCUGACAAUGGCUGCACAUUCGAAGUCUGGUACAAUCGAUACGAAGACAAGAUGCCCGCUCCAACAGACGUCAGCCAGCUUCGCGCUUUUCUCGGACUCAUCAACUUCUACGGCAAUUUCGUCAAGGAUCUGCACGAUCUUCGCGCUCCGCUAGACGCCCUUACGAAGAAGGAUGCUGUCUACAAGUGGUCACCG